AUGAGUGAUACAGUGUCUAACCUCUGGGCAGGCCUUGAUCCCGAAAUUGAUAGGCGCCUCAGAGAAAAGAUUAAGCCGAAUCCAGCAACUGGUGAAUUAGACGACGGGGAUAUUCUUAUGUACCUCAGAGAACUUGAGGACGACCCCGAUCUUCAAGCCAUGCUCGAGCACGGAAAUGCUGAACGAAAGAGACGCGAAGAGUCUAUCGACUUUGAUACUUUCGAUUUUGGUUCCCUGCCAUCCACGCCGUCGACAUGGCGCGUCACAUUGGAGCCUGGGGGACUCGUAGAUCCAGAAACGAAGUCUAUCGUCCGGCCGCACGAGGUUGACGCUUUUCCCGAUGCUCGACAGACGUUCCGGGUAACAGGGUGGGUGCCGUCACAGAAGAUGAGAUAUGUGGAGGACUUUGAGGAGCUUCCAAAGUCUGGUGAGCUGACUCUGUUCUUGAAAAAUCUUUUUGUCAUUCCGUUUGGCAAUUACCAACCCCAGACACCUGCCAACCUCAUCAUGUCCCACAAAUUCGCGCUGCACGAACAUGCUAUUGCGCCUUUCCUCGAUUCUAUCCCCUCCAUGUCGUGGCGCAUCGAAUCCCAGGACCAGGGCGCAUUCGUGAACGAUAUGGUCUACCAAAUAGCUUCACGGGACUACAAACGACACCUCGCAGCCGGCCUCAAAGCGAAAGAACGCGGGAACGAAUUCUUCAAGAACAACGACCGUCGGAGGGCUAUCGACGCGUAUACGGAGUCACUGAGGCGGUACGAGGAUGCGAUUGCGCAGAAGGUGAUGGAGCAUGAGAAGGCGGCGGUGUUUAAGCAUAUUGCGGUUGUGUGUGCGAAUAGGAGCUUUGCGUAUGUGAAGGAGGGGAUGGGGCCUGGGAGGGAUGUGGAGACUGGGAUUAUCGACGCGGAGAAUGCGAUUUAUGCGGAUAAGACGUAUUCUAAAGCUUACGCUCGCCUGGCUCGAGCGUACCAGGCGAAAGGCAACCUCAAAAAGGCGCAGGAGGCUAUUGUCAGGGGGCUCAAUGUGCCUCUUAUAGAAAACGAAGCCGUUUUAGUAGAAAUCUUGAUUGAACUUCAGACUGAAGGGAAAGGGCUUCCGGAGGACAAAGAGGAGUAUAGAGCAUGGGCUGAGAAGGUGUUGGCAGAUGAAAAUAUGCGAGGCGUGAAGGGCGAGUGGAGGAGGAGAAUAGAAGAGAGGCUCAAUUCUGACGCCUAA